CAGUGUUUUGAUUGUAUCAGAAAUUUUUAGUUUGUGUUUUGAUGAAAAUUACUUUAAUUAGUUCGUCAAAGUAAUUUAGUUUUGUGUGUAAAGGUCGAUGGUUUAUUGGAUAAUUUUCUAAAGGAUUACAAAGCGCUGGAAAUGGAUUUUCAGCGGAGCGCUAUACUGCUUUUGUGUAUAUUUACUGCGACGACUGCUGAUAUAUCAUUGAUAUCGCUUGGCACGCAAAAUGCUGCAGACGACGGCUACGUCUACAACAGACCAUCUGUACCGUUCGAGCUACCACCAAGAGAAGUUAUUAUAAAACCACCUGGUCCACCGGCUCCCGUAGUUGCGGUGACACCAAGGACGAAAUAUAACUAUCCAACACCUUCGACUCCAUUUAAGCCAAAUGAAAUUCCUACUGCAUCGAAGGAAGUUAGAAUAAUCGAGAACAGGCCGGUAAUAAUAACCCCAAGACCGGUUCCACCUGUGAUAAGGGUUACUCCGCGAGAACCUGAAACAUCUAAAGGCUAUGAUUAUCCGCCUCCACAGCCACAACUAAGAUACCCUAACCAACAAGAAGAAAACAGGAACGUUCCCCAACAAGUCAAAAUACCAGUUAGUACUAGACCGACAACUACUACUUCACCACCUAAGCCAAAAGUUGAAUCUACUUACCUGCCGCCUGUAGUAAGUCAACGUUCAACUACUCUGAUACCUACAACUCCAAAGCCUGUGCAGUCAUCAUAUUUGCCACCUUCUGUUCCCGUCACGAAAACUAUUCGACCAACAACAGCGCGAUCAAUCAUAAAUACUCCCAAGGAAGGAUAUUCAUACGAUAAGCCAAUCAUUCCAUUUGAAACUGCAACAAAUAAGCUGAGGGUAGAUCCGCCAACUCCUAAGCCAAUCACAACACCAAGGCCCGUACAGUCAUCGUAUUUACCACCUGCUGUUCCUGUUACUACCACUGCCCGACCAGCAACAGCACGAUCAAUCAUAAAUACUCCCAAGGAAGGAUAUUCAUACGAUAAGCCAAUCAUUCCAUUUGAAACUGCAACAAAUAGGCUGAGGGUAGAUCCGCCAACUCCUAAACCAAUUACAACACCGAAACCCGUGCAGUCAUCGUAUUUACCACCUGCCGUUCCUGUCACUACGACUGCCCGACCAACAACAGCACGAUCAAUCAUAAAUACUCCCAAGGAAGGAUAUUCAUACGAUAAGCCAAUCAUUCCAUUUGAAACUGCAACAAAUAGGCUGAGGGUAGAUCCGCCAACUCCUAAACCAAUUACAACACCGAAACCCGUGCAGUCAUCGUAUUUACCACCUGCCGUUACUGUCACUACCACUGCCCGACCAACAACAGCGCGAUCAAUCAUAAAUACUCCUAAGGAAGGAUAUUCAUACGAUAAGCCAAUCAUUCCAUUUGAAACUGUAACAAAUAGGCUGAGGGUAGAUCCGCCAACUCCUAAACCAAUUACAACACCGAAACCCGUGCAGUCAUCGUAUUUACCACCUGCCGUUCCUGUCACUACGACUGCCCGACCAACAACAGCGCGAUCAAUCAUAAAUACCCCUAAGGAAGGAUAUUCAUACGAUAAGCCAAUCAUUCCAUUUGAAACUGCAACAAAUAAGCUGAGGGUAGAUCCGCCAACUUUUAAACCAAUUACAACACCGAGACCCGUGCAGUCAUCGUAUUUACCACCUGCUGUUACUGUCACAACCACUAUCCGACCAACACCAGCGCGAUCAAUCAUUAAUACUCCCAAGGAAGGGUAUUCAUACGAUAAGCCAAUCAUUCCAUUUGAAACUGCGACAAAUAAGCUGAAGGUAGAUCCUCCAACUCCUAAACCAAUUACAACACCAAAGCCCGUGGAAUCAUCGUAUUUACCACCUGCAGUUCCCGUUACUACCACUGCCCGACCAACAACAGCACGAUUAAUCAUAGAGACUCCCAAAGAAGGAUAUUCGUAUGAUAAGCCAAUCAUUCCAUUUGAAACUGUUACAAAUAAGUUGAAGGUGGAUCCGCCAACUCCUAAGCCAAUUACAACACCAAAGCCUGUGCAGUCAUCGUAUUUACCACCUGCUGUUCCUGUCACAACCACUGUCCGACCAACACCAGCGCGAUCAAUCAUUAAUACUCCCAAGGAAGGAUAUUCAUACGAUAAGCCUAUCAUUCCAUUUGAAACUGCGACAAAUAAGGUGAAGGUAGAUCCUCCAACUCCUAAAUCAAUUACAACACCAAAGCCCGUGCAAUCAUCGUAUUUACCACCUGCAGUUCCCGUUACUACCACUGCCCGACCAACAACGGCACGAUUAAUCAUAGAGACUCCCAAAGAAGGAUAUUCGUACGAUAAACCAAUCAUUCCAUUUGAAACUGUUACAAAUAAGUUGAAGGUUUAUCCACCAACUCCUAAACCAAUUACAACACCGAAGCCCGUACAGUCAUCGUACUUACCACCUGUUGUUCCUGUUACAACCAUUGCCCGACCAACAACAGCCCGACCCAUCAUUAAUACUCCGAAAGAACGAUAUUCAUAUGAUAAACCAAUCGUUCCAUUCGAGAGUGCAUCAAACAAGCUGAAGGUAGACCCUCCAAUUACUAGACCAAUUACAACGCAGAAGCCAGUUUAUUUACCACCUGAGGUAAAAACAACCACACCUGCAUCCAGGGGAGGCUAUAAAUACGAAAAGCCAGAACCUCCGUUCAAUAGCGUUAAUGACAUAUUAAGAAAUGAUCAGCCGAAAGAUAAAUCUUCCGCCAGCUCUUCGUUCAGAAAAGUGGUGUCAUCGAAACCAAAUCCAACAUAUUUGCCGCCUCAAAUAACAGUAAAGCAAGCAGUUAUUACAACCACACAUCGUCCUUCUUCGGCACUGCCGAAACAAAUUCCAGUUAGCACAAGGGGAUCGUAUAGAUAUGAUAAGCCGGCGUUAUCUGCUGAUAGUAGCGGAAAGUCUGAGACUACAAAUCUCCUUGCGAAAUUGCCAUCGACCUAUUUACCUCCAAGUAGCAACGUAAUUACUAAUCGUCCAACAACAACACGUUCCACAACAACACGCCCCACAACAACACGCCCAACAACAGGAACUCCAAGAUUUGUGGCAUCCACUUAUUUACCCCCAAACGAAAUUCCGAGCCAAUCAGAAACAAAUCUAAAAACACAGAAACCAUCCACACUGUCUACGACAAUUCGCACAACACCAAAAUCUGUUCCCUCAACUUAUCUUCCACCAGCAAGUGAUAAGCCAACUACAAAGAAACAGCAAACAACGCGUGCAACAACUACACGUCCUACAACUAGACCUACUCCCAAAUUGGUAGCUUCCACUUAUCUUCCACCUCCGAAUACACAAAAGCCAACCACACAAUCUACGACAGUUCAAACAACGCCAAAAUCUCUUCCUUCAACUUACCUUCCACCAUCAAGUAAUCAACCUACAACAAGACAGCCUAUAACAAGAGCUACUACUAAACCUUCACCCAAAUAUGUUGCGUCAACCUAUCUUCCUCCAUCAAGUAACGAACCUACGACGAAACAGCAACAAACAACACGCUUAACCACCACUCGGCCUACAACUAAACCUACUUUAAAGUCUGUCGUCUCAACUUAUCUUCCACCACUAAAUGAAAAAGUGCCUCAACAAUCACAGAAUAAUGUCAAUAUACAGACACAAACCACACGAUUAACAACAGUUCGAACAACACCAAAAUCUGUUGCAUCAACUUAUCUUCCACCAGCCAGCGAUAGACCAACUACAAAGCAGCAAACAACACGCAUAACUACUACUAGACCUACUUUCAAAGUGAUAGCUUCAACGUAUCUUCCACCCCCAAAUGGAAAGACGCCGGAAGAAUCCAAGACUAAUCUGAAUACACAGAGGCCAGUCACACAAUCUACGACAGUUCGAUCAACCCCAAAAUCAGUUCCAUCAACGUACCUUCCACCAGUACGUGAUACGCCAACGACGCGGCAGCAACAGACAACGACCACGCGUCCUACGACUAGACCUACUUUGAAACUGGUUGCUUCCACUUAUCUUCCACCCCCAAAUGGAAAGACGCCGGAAGAAUCCAAGACCAAUCUGAAUACACAAAAGCCAGUCACACAAUCUACAACAGUUCGAUCAAUCCCAAAAUCAGUUCCAUCAACGUACCUUCCACCAGCACGUGAUACGCCAACGACGAGGCAACAACAGACAACGACUACGCGUCCUACGACUAGACCUACUUUCAAAGUGAUAGCUUCAACUUAUCUUCCUCCCCCAAAUGGAAAGACGCCGGAAGAAUCCAAGACUAAUCUGAAUACACAGAGGCCAGUCACACAAUCCACGACAGUUCGAUCAACUCCACCAUCAGUUCCAUCAACUUACCUUCCACCGACACGUGAUACGCCAACGACUCGGCAACAACCGACAACACGCGUGACAACAACACGCCCUACGACUAGACCUACUCCAGCCACACAAUCUACGACAGUUCGAUCAACACCAAGAUCUGUUCCUUCAACAUAUCUUCCACCUGCAAGUGAUAAGCCAACAACAAAGCAGCAACAAACGACACGCUUAACAACCACACGACCUACGACCAAACCCACUUUGAAGUCUGUAGUUUCCACUUAUCUUCCACCUCAAAAUGAAAAGCCUGAUCAAUCUAAAACUAACUUAAAGGUUGUGAAAACAACUUCACCACCUGUUCGGACAACCUCGAAACCAGUAGGAGUUACGUACCUACCACCUAAAGAAGGUUACGAUUAUCCAAAACCUGCCAUUCCAUUUAAUUUUUAAGUCGAACAGUUUCGAAUAAUUUGAUAAUUUAUUACGAAUGUGGGCUUUAAUCAAUAAUUUUAUAAACGAAUGUGAUUUCUAAAUUUAAUUUACAAAACAACUCUGUGAGUUUGUACAACAUUUAGGAAAAAUUAAAAAAUUUCCCAC